ACCGUAGAGGGCGUGCGGUGGCCGCAGGGACGGAAGCCGGGAGGCGCCGCCGACCGCGCCUGCGACAGCGUCAGCUCUGCGCGGAGCGCCGGCCCAUGGCGGCGGCGGCGAUGGCAGAGCAGGAGGGUGCCCGCAACGGCGCCCGCAACCGCGGUGGCGUCCAGCGCGUGGAGGGCAAGCUGCGUGCCAGCGUCGAGAAGGGCGACUACUACGAGGCGCACCAGAUGUACCGGACCCUCUUCUUCAGAUACAUGUCCCAAAGCAAACAUGCAGAGGCCCGGGAGCUCAUGUACUCAGGAGCAUUGCUCUUCUUUAGUCAUGGCCAGAACAGUGCGGCUGAUUUGUCCAUGCUGGUCCUUGAAUCCCUGGAGAAGGCAGAGGUGGACGUAGCUGAUGAGCUAUUGGAAAAUCUGGCUAAAGUGUUCAGUUUGAUGGAUCCAAACUCCCCUGAGCGAGUAGCUUUUGUGUCCAGAGCCCUGAAGUGGUCCAGUGGAGGGUCUGGGAAGCUGGGCCAUCCUCGGCUCCACCAGCUGCUGGCCCUAACGCUUUGGAAAGAACAAAACUACUGUGAGUCUCGGUAUCACUUCCUGCACUCCACUGACGGUGAGGGCUGCGCCAACAUGCUGGUUGAGUACUCCACCGCCCGAGGCUUCAGAAGUGAGGUGGACAUGUUUGUGGCCCAGGCUGUGCUACAGUUUCUCUGUUUGAAAAACAAGAACAGUGCACUGGUGGUCUUUACAACGUACACACAGAAGCACCCAUCCAUUGAGGAUGGGCCACCCUUCGUUCAACCCCUGCUCAAUUUCAUCUGGUUUCUGCUGCUGGCUGUGGACGGUGGCAAGCUGGCUGUGUUCACAGUGCUGUGCGAGCAGUACCAGCCGUCCCUGCGGAGAGACCCCAUGUACAACGAGUACCUCGACAGGAUUGGACAGCUCUUCUUCGGUGUGCCGCCAAAGCAGACAUCCUCCUAUGGAGGCUUGCUAGGGAACUUGCUGAGCAGCCUCAUGGGCUCCUCAGAGCAGGAGGAGGGGGAAGAGAGCCAGGAUGACAGCAGCCCCAUCGAGCUGGACUGAAGCUGCCUGGCCAGCAUGGAGAUGCCCAUGGCCGGCACCACUGGGACGGAUUCAGUGCCAGGCUGGGCACGAGGCCCCUUACCAGUGGGCUCCUGCUCCGCAGCUGGAGGGGCCACCUGUGCAGAGUCUGUCCCUAUUUAUGUAUGGUGGCUGAGGGCUGUGUGGCCAGGACCAAGAGCAAGGCCCAGCUCCUGCUGGCCAACCGUGUUCCUUCAGAUCACCCACAAUAAAGCGCAGGCCUUGCUGCAGCACCCCGCUGCCAUCCUUGUCUCUGGUUCCUUGGGGAGGGCUGCAGGGUGACCGGCAGCCUGGCGUCAGCGACUGGUAUCCCUUCUGUGUCCAGUGCAGCCGUGGCAUGCUGGAGGAAUGGUGGCCACUGCUGUGAGCCAGGCAGAUCCUGAGUCCUGAGGAUGAGAUCGGGUUUCUUGUUUGUUUGAAUUUUGUUUGGACACAGAGUCGUUUUGCAAUCAUGGUGAGCUUCCCAGGAUCAGAGCACAUGUGCUGUGGUGGGCAGACUCCUUGGAGGUCGCAAGCAGCUGGCCAGGGCCAUGUCCCGUGAUCUAUAGGGCUUUGGCCCCUGCUGUAGUCUGUGGGCUUGUCUAUUCAAGCCUCAGCCCUGCUGGUCCCCAUGAGCCCCACACUGCUGCUCUGGAGAUGUUUUUAAAGGGUGCCGUAGAUUUUCAUGUCCUUCAUGUUGCAGUAUUUAUUUUUACUGGGUGAGGGAUUUUUCAACCUGAUGUUUUAGGACUUAACCAAAUAACCAGUCCAGGAAUGAGCAACCCCAUCCAUUACCACAGAUAAUAUCCACGCUACCAAUCUGAUUAUAAAGGGAGACACUUUAUUUUUUCACAAUUAAAAUAGAGUUGUAGAUUAAUACAUCUCUAUCUUGCAUGGGAAGGAGGGAAAUAUGCGUUAUUUACUGUAAAAAAAUGGAAUUUAAAGGAAGGCUUGUGUCACCUGUUGACUAUAAAUAAAUCCUUUCUACUGGGCUUUGCAGUAGUCCUUUCUGGGUGAGCUCUGGGCCGGGCACGGGGCUGGCUUUGGGCCUUGGCAUUCAGCCCCCACCUAUGGGUGCAGAGACCUCGGGCAGGGUGGGAUUGGCUGUGUGUCCAGGCUGGGCCUGGCAAGCUCGGGAGGAAGCACAUCCUGUGCUGUCCGUGCCAUUUCCCUGUGCAUCCAUGCUGCUGUGUCCACCAGAGUGGUCAGUGCUCGUGUCAGCGGUGUCCACAUUCACAGGUUGUCACAUAGAAAUGAGUCGUCUUAUUGAAAUCACCUCCAUCAUGGUGUGUGGCUCGGCCUUGGGGAGCAAGAGGGGUGCAUGGAGGGUUUGGUGCAGGGGAAUCUUAGACAUAGGGAGGCCCCCAAAAGGUGGGGAUAAGUUAGGAAGCCGUAGUGGGCUGGGCAUAGACCAGAGCUGCCUUUGCUCAGCUGUGACAUUUGCUUCAGAAUCAUGUAUUGGAGUUCAUGUCAUUGUUGUAUUUUGGAAUAGAACAGAAUUCAAAUUUUGUAUUUGUGUGAGGAUGCCUGGAGUUAACCCCAGUUGAGUAAGGAGGAAAGCUGGCAUUUGUUCAGAAACAUGAGACAUGCAUGGAACCCUCCCCACACAGUGUCUCUUAACAUACACAGUGCUCCUCACACCCCACUGUGCCCUUACACACACACUGCUCCUUACACACCCAGUGUCCCUUACCCACACACUGAUCCUUACAACCCACAGUGUCCCUCACACACACACAGGUCCUCACAACCCAGUGUCCCUUCCACACACACAC